AUGACGCCUGCUUCGACAACGUCUUUUUCGAAGACCCCUACUUCGGAAACUCCUACUUCGACGGACCCUUCUUUGUCAACAUCUUCGACUGUGACAAGCCUAGAAACAUCUGCAACUAUCAUUUCAACCCCUAACACGGUCACAGCAGUAACUACCACCCUAUCUUCUUCUUCUUCUUCAUCCUUUUCAACUGCUGCCACAAUCACCGAAGGGACGGCCAACGCAUCUGAAAAGUCAACCAAUUUUGUCACUAUUGUAACACCCGACCUUCCAUCAACGACCAACCCAAUUGAGUCUUCUACGAAGAUGCCCUCGACCACAUCUCUCUCUGAACAAACAGAAAACACAGCAACUGGAGAAACUAAGGCAACUGAUAUUCCUUACGAUUUCGAACUUUCAAUCAGAAGUUGGGAAAUGACCGUCUCGUGGGCAGAAAAUUUCAGCAUCAAUGCCACCCCUAACAAGAACUUGUUUAAAAAUAUGUCUUACACUUGCCGACAGCCUCCCGCUGAGUUCCUCCCAGCUUCAGAGUCGACCUGUUUCCAAAAAGAUGGUAAUUUUUUUUUCAACGGACGUUUCACCUAUUGAAAUUCAGGCGUUAAAGUGUCAUGGAUGUCCGAUGUCCAACCCACUGAGGCUCGUUUGCUGUUUGUCAGCCCCGGCCUUUUUGAAAUAAAUAUAACCGUCAAAAAUCCCAACACCCCAGAAACAGCGAGUCACGUGCUCACUGUUACCGUCUUGGGAACUUCCACAACUUCAACAAGUUUGUAUAAACAAUUAAAGGCGGUCGAGAAGUGCGAAAUGGGUUCUGAUAUAAAGAUACCUUCUUACGAUCCAUUUUUUUACUGCACAGGAAACUCAAGCCGAAUUUAAAUAUUUUUCUUGAGCAUAAAUUUUCUUUAAGAUUACAAAUUUUCAUCCAAUAUCAGUGGAACCACAAUAAUCUUCGAAGUUGUAUUUUCGAUGAAUUUUAACUUUGUAUGUUUUUGCAAAAGUUGAAUUAAAUGGAUAACAGUUUAUUACAGUAAAAUAACUUUCACAUUUAUUUUUUUUUCUUAAUGGCUUUUGAUCUGGAAGUUCUCGGCAUUCGCGUCGCACACGCGAAAACUCAUCUUUCCCGACCUUCCCAUCUCGCCUUUCGAAUCGAGAAAAAAAUUGGCGGUAUAAAUAUAUUUUUUUCCAGAAAGUUCACAUGAUGGCCCUACAGCAGCUCCUAUUUCUCCGAGUACAUCGAGAAGCAGAACAGAAGAAGGGAGUGAAACCGCUUCAAAUGACGCAGACGCUACUAAAGAGGCUCCUACUACAAAGAAAGCCACAGAAUCCACAGCGAGCGGGGCAAAAAAUACCGAAUUCGAGACAACGAACUUUCCAACGGGUACUAGUAAGAAAUCUGGAGCGUCGUUAAGUUCGACAAGCACAAAGUUUUCCACUAGAGGUGGUUCAACGAACUUUUCCAACCAAGUUUCCAACGCUUCGAUCACGGAGAAAGCUCGGCCUACACCCACGAAGUUGGUAGCGGGAUCAACGAAAAAAACAAAAGGCUCAACGGGAAUGACUGAAAAAAAAGAAGAAUUAGAGGAAGGUACAACCUCAAAAACUAAGGACACAUCCGAAACAUCGAAAAGUUCGAAAACUGACACUACAAAGAAAUUCUCGUCGACGAAAGCGGAAACGAAAGUGACCCGAGAGGGAGAGAGUUUAAAUGGAACAACGCCGGAAGAACUGGGCACGACAAGAAAGGCGAACGGUUCAUCUGGGACUUCGAGAGAUAAUAUUGUGACCACUUUCACAACACGAAAAUUGGUUAGUGAAUCUGUUUAGGAAGUUUAGUUUAACCUGUUGAACUUCGUGAGUCAAAAAAGGCUACAAAUAAGUAAAAUUAACUAUUCCAAGUUUUCAUAAAACUGUUCAUAAACAUUUUUUCCAACCCUUGUUCCUUAUGAAAUCUUCAGAUCACUCUCGCAACGAUGCCUCCUCUAACAGCAGAAGAAGAAGCAGCUAUAGAAAAACAAAAGGAAGACUUGAAAAAUUCGCUGGCAAAUAUUCUAAACUCGUCGUCAUCCUAUCCGCCCAUCAGCAAUGGAUCUUCCUUGGUUCAAAGCAUCUCUUCCCUUCCGGUGCAAGAUUUUCAGCAUUAUUUAAAUUUCCUUCAUUCAGCCUCAAGAACUAGUGGAUGUAGCUCAAAGUCUUCUCAGCAAUCAGCUUGAUAUCGCCGGAAUGUCGAACGUGGAAGUUCUGACGAUGCUCAAGGACAACAUUGCAAAAACCAAUUCACAAUUGGCUGACGUUUCAUUUUUGAACAGAAGUGAAAAGUUCAACGAAGAUACGAUUUCAGCAAGUGACAAAGGUGAUAGAACAGUUGUCGAAAGUCAACAUGACCUCGCCGCAGUCGAUGAACAGCGUUCUAUCAGUCCUGGACUCAGCUCUCCAAGGUUGCAUGGUCUACUCGAUUGGAGUCACGUCAACGGUUUUUCUUUCUUCGUUUUUCGCUCAAGAAAAAGUUUCAAGUUUUCGUUAAUUGCCAAGAUAGAAUAUUCCUCAGCUAGCUGAAAACGGCUAUUUGGCUUGAUACAUUGUCAAAAAACCACACCAAUAACUUUCGGAUGAUGAGGGUUGAUUUAUUUUAGGGAGAUGUGAAUGGUCAAUACGUCGUCAUUUACGGGAGCAUACAAGCUUCUGGCUAUACCGUUGUCACACCCCGAUCUAUGGUUGAAAAAUAUUUUUCAUUCCAUUAUAAAAGCUUAAAAUAUGAUGAUUUCAGAUGACCGUCUAUGGGAAUACAAUUUACGUGACAGGUGAUACGAGAGGAGCUUAUGUCCAACAAGAUGGCGACGAUGUGAUGGUACAAGUUUCAUAGGAGAUUUGGAUUCUGAAAGCAGCCGUAGGUCACCAUGGAUGACAAGAUGAUGACGUUGGCUGGCACCUUCGACACUCGAUCAGUUUCUGUUGAGGCUGGAACCUUCGAAAUGACAACUCUUAUCGAUGACAAUGCGGUCGCUCGUCUUGAAGGAGUUGCUGAGGUUAUCUCUUCACGAAAAUCUCAAAAUAGCUCGAUAAAUAAGCGGGUAGUUGACAAAAAACUAAGAAAAUAUUUCUUCUUUGUUGUUUUAAAACGUGACCGUCUUGCGCGGAAUCCAAAUUUUAAUUAUCUUUUUCUUUCUUUGACGGAUAUUCCAAAAUUCGCGAAAUCACUGUGAUGAGAAGUUUUUAAACAUCGGAAAAAUGUCGUCUGGGGGUUCUUGUCGCAUUCUUAAAAAAUUUAAACGAUGAAUCUCCAAUCGUUUCUAGACAGCUGGAGAAACGGAUGUUUACCCUUCGACGUUCGCAACAGCGUGGAACAUCUCCUAUGACCAGUUUGGAGCGAAACAGCAGAGUCAGGUUAAUGUGUCGGUCAACAACUGGAUCAAAGUGACGAGAGCAACUCUUUCGCUCAUAGUGAGAAGAUACCUUGUUUGUUGAUUUAUACAGGUUUGUAAAAAUUGAGGUCGACUCAAAAACUAUCGCGCUUCUGCAAGCAACCAAAAGCACGGCCGCUUUGAAGCUUGAUAUCGAUGUUGUCUUCGAUUCUACGUCCUUCAAGAUUACCCUUGGGUCCGGGAUUUUUUUGUUUUCGUGAAGAUCAUCCGUUUCAGAGAAGGAAAGGCCAAAUUCAUUCAAGUGACCAACUCCUCGGCGAUAUUGUCUUAUGACAACUGCACAGCGAGCGUGACCCCGGGCGACCCGGAUGCUGAAGAUAUUAAGAUGUAUCUGGUCGAACCAUACGUCAUUGAAAGUUGCUCACACAUGCAUGGAAAAACAUUUAUUAGUUUUCUUUCAGAUAUUGACCUAUCCGUUUUUCAAGAUCAAAGCCAAGGGACUGUUGACCUUCCGUUGAAGGCUGCUGGCAACGACCCCAUGGGUCUUGUGAUCGCCUAUCCAGGUAUAUACUGAGAAAGAAAUAGUGUCAAUUGUAGCUGAUACUCAAAAACAAUGAGUGUGGCAAGUCCUUUUUCAGUUUCAAUAGCAAUCGACUGAAAAAAAGAGUUUCUGGCUGAUCCGAAUUUAAAAGUUUUUAACGAAAAAAAAGCAAACUGUUGCAGACACAAAUUUGCCAACGGUUUCUGUUCUUUCGCAGUCCGUCACCGUGUCUUUGUUUUCGCCCAGAACGCCUUACUCUUCACCAGACGAUUUAAACGCGACUUUCACCUCUGGUAGCCCCAUCACUAUCGACGGAAAAGUGAAACAUUGGAAUUUCUGAAUUUUCCAUACAAAAAAACCUAGAUCAUUUUUGAUAAUCAAGACGAGCUGGACGUUUCUUUUUACAAUAUUUGGACAGACGGUUCUUCUGUAUACUUCAAAUCGUCGUCUGACAACGUUGCGAUAACCAGCGCAACUUGGCAGGCGAGUCGAAAAACAGUUUAAUAUCUCAUUGUUUAACUUUUCUGAAGAAAUUUUUUUUUUGUCAUAUGGCUCCAACAUAGAAAGUUAGACCUUGAAAUCGAAGAGAAUUCACAAAUAUUGAAUAGUUGGUUGAAUAAGGUUCUCUGAUCUCAAAAACACAGCAUUCAGAUCGUUUCAAUGGUUUCUGGAAACUAUGGCAUACGAAUAACAGCUGGAUCGUACUCGGCCGGCUCGCAGCCCCACAUAAAGCUAGUUGAUUUAUAUGCAUUUGGUUCAUAGUUCUGUUUUGCAGGACCUUCAUGGAGUUUUCGGAAAACCAGAAGAUGCUUAUAACUGGCGGAGUGGUCUUUCGUAAUGGAACCAAUGGAUUCGUGAUAAAAUACGGUAAAGUGAGCACUCAAGGAGAAAUCACCGGAACUCAGUUAGGUUAGUUUUGUACUUCGUAUGAAUAGACACUUUCAAAAAAAAUUUUUUCUUUAUUACGGUUUAUCGGAUACUGCUUUCAGCCAUCACGCCGCAGAGUCUUAUGAACCAAAAAUCACAAAAAAUGAUCGGCGACAUUUUGAACAACACCCAGCAAUACCUGCAGAACAACGGAAUGGAAAUGACCGACGAACAACUCGAUGAAGUUGCAUAUAUCCCCUUGUUUUAAGGCUGUUCCUGUUUCCAGGCUGCGACGACGCUUCUGGACAUCUCAACGUCGUUGACGUCUUCGGUGAUGGCGGCGUUGAACAACCCACUAUCUAGCGACCUCUUAGCCAAUCUUCAGUACGAGCAAGCCAACUACGACGAUAUUUUCAACGUCCUUCCUCCAGCUGGAGGUCUUGUUUCUAUUAUUACAAGAUCAUCAUAAAUUUUUUACAGGUCGGAUUCGAUACGUGGAAGAAUAUUCACCAGAUGAAUGGGCGGCGGAAGCUACGAGAAUCGCCCAACAAUCGAUUGUUCGUGAAUUUGUUUUUUUCUAAUUGAUGAUUAUUACUCAUAUCUUCGAAGUGUUCGAAAUUUGAGAAAAUAGUUGAAAAAACUAAAAGUAUGAAAAUUCAAGGCUAAAAAGCUGGCCGCUCAAAUGGCUUCGACCCUGGACACUUUAGAAAACGUCUUGGCGGCUCGAGCUGUCGCUUCUGGAAACAUUCCCUACGUUUACGCUGUGAGAAAUCUUUGUGUUUGGUAAUCCUAUAUUAAAUAAGUCCUUGGUUAAAUCGAGACCCGUGCGAGGGACAGUAUUGGGAAAAAUUUAGAAGCCUCUGAUCAUUUAAAUAUAACUGGCUCAGUUAACUUGAUUUCGAAAUUAUAAAAUAUAAUAUGCGAAAAGUGGUUUUAUUUUACUCUCCGACUUUUUAAUUUCGAAAUCUGCCCGGUAUCGGUGUUCGGGAAGUUGUCUACAGUAGCCUGCGGACGUAUCCUCAGACUUGCUUUUUGAGUGACCGGAUAUCGAAGUGAAAUCAGAGCUUUUCUUUUUCUGAAAAAAAUUGUUCAAGUGAGCAAAAAAACACCGAUAAUUAAAAAAAACGCAAUAAUCGGCUAGUCAAUUCAACAUCAUAUAAAAUUAUCAUUUUUUUCAACACAUGUUUUUUUGAAACGCUUCAAUAAAGAAUAUUUUGUUUAGCAAAACUCAAGUGGAACUGGAAUGUACAUCGAGAUUGAUUACCCGUCUUCGUUGUUCUCGCGAACGCAGAGGUGCAGUGAAUGGCUGGUAAUUUAACAAUUUGAAGAAUUCCGCAAAAAUAGGUUUGAGGUUCAAUUCCCGAGCUCUUCUAGCAAGUUAAAUUCUCCAAAAAUCACCGACGUCAGUCCGAUACAAUUGGGCCUCGUGUGCUACGACAGCAAUCCAUACGCCUAUGUUGACAACUUCAAACUACUCAUUUCCUCGGGCGCUCUGGAAGCUCAUCUCAAAGAUCUCAAUCAGAAUAUCAUCGAGUGAGCAUUUAUUUAAUUAUUCCUCUAAUGCAAGAUUUUAGGAUCGAAAACGCUACAGAACCGAUAACGUUCGAAGGAAAAGGUUUAGGUGAGAGCCUUCUUGAGUUUUUCUCUUUAAGUUUGUCUAAAUAUUCUUCAGAUGAAAGAACGGAGUCGACGCAAAUCGUGGCCAGUGAUCUCAACAGUUAUCAGAUUUUGGAUCUUCACACUUUCCAGACAACUUCUUGGAAUAGCUCUCUUCAAUUAGAAGUGAAACUUUAUUCUUUCAUUUUUUUUUUUCAGAUAAAACUUCAGAUUGUUCCUUCGCUUUAUUUGUUCGACGUCGAUAUGCCGCAUCCUGUGCUUUUUCUAGCUUUUCAGCGGCUCCCUGGACCUCUUCCACAAGAUCAUGAUGUUCGGUUUCAAUUAAAAAGAGCGAAUGGUGAGAGGGAAACCCUUUACUAUCUGUUGAUUCUGUGUUCAGAGAUAAGUACGAUAUUCGUUCCGGCAGAGCAGUUGCUCAAUCAGACGAGUCUUUUCUAUUUCGGCGUCGGAUCCCGGACAGAUACCGUCAAUGAGUCGCUAGCCAACUACGGAACUGUUGACGACUCUCAAUGGACUUUCAAACGAAGUUUUGAAUUGUGUCAGCAACAUUUUCGAGCCGGAUUUUUGAAGAAAUCGAUUUCGACUAUGAAAUCCGCGCCUACACCAAAGGCUGUUAUUACUAUCUUUCUACUGCAGAUCGGUUCGACAAUGAAGGACUCAGCGUAUCUCGCUUGGAAAGCGCUUUCAUGAAUAUAUUAUCUUUGUAGCCGAUGUACCUGGCUGGUGAUCAGAUCGUGAAAUGCUCUACCAAUCAUCUCACUCUUUUCUCUGUCGGCGUUUUCGCACCCGAGAUCCCGGCUGAUUUCAAAUAUGAGUACAUCCAACAGAAGCUGCCGGUAACUUAACUCGGACAGGUUUUGGGUAGAACGAGUCUUUCCAUUCAGUGCUCUGAAUCCGUUUGUGACUGUUUCCGAACCGUUCUCCCUUUUCUUAAAAUUUAUAAUCUCGCUAGCUUGAGAAAAUUUUGAAAAAGUCCCGUAUAUUACAAGUGGAAUAAUAAACAGAAAGUAGGUUUUAAUUCAGAAAUAGUAACGCAAAUUUUUGAGUCGUUUCCCUCAUACUGUAGCUAGGUUACGGUAUGCAGGUAGGCGCUUCUCUAUCCAAGUAAUGAUGAUUUCUUUCAAUGCGAAUUGAAUAAUUGCAAAACUCGCCUCGUUUCGAUUUGAACUUAUCACAAUAAGUGAAACUUCAUCAAAAAAAAUGUUUUAUUUUUUUUUUGUUGCUGUGAAGCACGCGCUUUUCUCUAAAUAAUUGGAUGAAUUAUUAUUCAAGUUCGGUCGAACUGCAAAAAUUGGGCAUUGAAGGGGGAGCGUAGUAUGAAUUAAACGAAGUACGUUGAUUUCAAGUUUUUCAAGCUGUUCUGGUUUGUUUUAUCGGAACGAACUUUAAAAGCUCCUUUUUGAACUUACUAGCGCAUAAAUGGUUGAUAUUUUUCGUUCUAAAAUUUCAUCUGUCCCCAAUAAUGAGUGGAAAAUCUCAGAAAAACGUUGGAGUCGUCGUUUGCGUGAUGUUUUGCAUCUUCCUCUACAUGAGCGGCAUGUUGUGUGCGGUGAUUUUCGAGACGCGCGACGAGUCAAAAGGCCGGCUGCGGUUCUUGAAGGACAACUACCCCGCCGAUGGCUACAUGUACAUUCUGGCGGUCGAGACUGGCUACAGAAUGUUUGCGACGACGGACAGCCAGGUGUGCUUUUUCAUCAUUUAGCGGUAAAUGAAGUACAAGCUAAAUCUCUCAAAGUAACCGCAAUAAACUAGUUAACAGUUCCUGCUCCCUGUUACUGAUUGCGACUUUCAUAAUUUUUUUUUGAUAUGCUUCAACUUAUCCGGCACGGAGACUGACGAUAUUGCUAGAAGCUUCAAGUCGGACCAGGACGAAGAAUGGGGACAACCGUUCACCUGGGGCACUACCUCCAGAUUCCUCAUGACGACGGCAUUGUGAGAGGAGGCCUCUACUGAUUGUCAACGUUUUCACAGACCGCUCGGGGAUUUGACCUACAUUCGGCUGUGGAUUGAAGAAGCUGGGUCCGAGCAUCGCGAAUCUUGGUUCUGCAAUCGGAUUAUUGUCAAGGAUUUGCAGACGAAACAGGUCUCGAUUUUUCCUGUCAAUAACUGGCUAGGCACGACCAAUGGUGAUGGGCAGGUCUAUAUCUUCCUCGUUAUGAGAUCUGGAUUUUCAUUUUUAGACCGAAAGGUUAUCCCAAGUACAAAAAAAGCAAAAAUUUUUGGACGAAGCCAUGAGCCCACAUAUUCUCGCCCAAACGAUUGCCUGGUGUGCAGCCUUUACCGGUUUUUUUUGGCUGACAGUUGAAUAAAGUUUUUUCUACAAUACUUGAGGCGGUGGAAUGCUCUGGAGGAGUCGCGUGCAACGCUACGAUUACAUUUGCAACAUUUUCGCGGCGCUCAUCAUCCUGUGUAUCAUCAACCUCGUCAUCGUUAAAAUGGUUCUGUCUCUCUAAACACAGGCGAUUUCACCGUCCUUAAUUUUGAGGAAAAGUUCGAAAACAACGUCUUCUACGCACAAACCCUAUUUGGCUUCUCUUUUGCGGUUAAAGACGUGGGCUUCGACGCUUUUUUUGCGAUUAUUCAGGUUUGCAGAUCAUCGUCGGCGUUGUGCUGGGAUUCGUCCUGACGUCGCUUGCUUCAAUACAUGUUUGGAUCAGAGCGUUUGAAUUUGAAAUGGCUCUUUUUUCCAAAAAGCUCUUCAGAAAUUGUCGAUCUAAUGAAGAACAACGUCUACUGAAGUUUUACAAGGCAAGACAUACAGGGUCCCCAAAAACGGGAACUUUACCUUGGGGAUUGGGAUUGAUUUCCCAGUCUGUUUCCAUGAUGAUCGGCUUCUUCGGCAUACUCUUCGUCAUUUCCGUUGGCAAACAGUUAGUUUCGCACAUUUCGAGCCCGAUUUUCAGGCUGGAAUGCGUCUUUCGGAAGAUCCUUCUCAAGCGUUUCUUCGCAGGUUCAUAUUCAUGCUAUUCGCGUGGAUUUUGUUGUUCGAGCCUCUGAAAGUAACUUUUGUGCACUCAGGUUCAUGUUGAGAUAAUCUUCAGGGAAUGAUCGUUGCCGCAAUCAUGAUAAAAAGAAACAAAGGUUACAAAAUUUGCACGAAUCUGGAAGAACUUUUGUUGAACGUCCAGCCACCUGAUACAUUCCAAAGUCUGAUUCAAUUGAAAAACUGCAGUAGAUAGAAACUUUCAUUGCAGGAACGACGUCCGGACAUACCGAAAAAGGUGUAGGAAAGACAAUCGCUGAUAUAUUGAAACUGCGAGACACUGACGACCGAAGAAUGAGGUGGAAAAACUUGCUGAAAACUUUCAAACAAUUUUUGAGAGAUUUCAAUCAUCAGAAAACCAACGAUCUUUAGAGACGAACAGCUUUUCGAAACUGUGCGCGACGUCAUUUGUCUGUUCGCUUCACUUUUCAUCCUCAUCGGCCUGACGUUUUUUUGUCGCGACCGCCAGGGAUAUUACUAUCAAAAACAAGUGUCCCGGUUCAAUUGAACGAUCCUAAUGUAUAUUUUGAGGUGCGCAAUCUCCUGAAUGUGGACAUGGAUGAAUAUGGAGACGGCUCUUUCAUGGCGAUCACAAAACCUUCCGAUUUCUGGGACUGGGCAGAAAAAGACUUAACCAAAGGUCCCGAAAAAAACGGCUUAAAAUUUCCGCUAAAAUUUUUUUUCAGCUUUGCGAGCGUCUUGGUACGAUGAAAAACCGGCCUAUAACAUGAGAGGAUUUCUCAAUGACAAAGUUUUUAGGCUUCUUUUCUUGUAUAUUGAUCUUCUUUCAAGGUUUCUCGAGCCAUGGGGAUCGGAACUAUUCGCCAAGUGAGGACGAAACCCGACGCCUGCGAAAUUGCUCCCGAAUUCGCUGACUAUUUCAACAGUUGCGAAAAGGAUUUUUCCUCGAAGUGAAUUACGUUUUUUUACGGCUUAAAACACUUUGAUGUGGCCAUUCGGACCCGAACCUUUUCGAAAUUUUUCCAAAAUGUGAAGUCAAGCCUAGAAAAAUGCGAAAGCCGUGCGAGAACAGAGCGACAAGUUUUCGAGAAUCUCACUUUUAUUUCAUAAUUUAUUAUUUGUACUGUGGGAACUUUGUGGAUCACUAAACCUCACUCGCCAGUCGGAUUCAAAAGUGCACUCUAAUAAUCCUUUUUAAGUAAUGAAAAAAAAUUUUGUUUCAUCCCCUAACUACGGAUAUUUUCAUGUGCCGAGUUACGACUUUUGUUCUUCCAAAAUGAAAUUUCGGCAUCUUUAUGUUUUAGGUUUCAGAAAAAGCGAAAGUUCAUGAAGGGAUUUCACAGGAUUUAUUGUAGUGUUUCUCUUCAGAACUGAAGAAAAAACUCUGCAAAUGCAACCAGGAUGGACGAAAUUCGAAGGGAAUGAAAACGACACUCGGGAUGAAUACACCUACAAGACUCAAGAGAACCUCAUGAGUAAUCUAUUAUAAAACGGAAAAAAACUUUUUAUCGGAUUUUUUUGAAGCUGGAACUAUACAAGGAUCGGUUGGGAGAUAUGGUGGAGGAGGUUAUACGGUUAGUUUGGGUGGUACUGGAUCGCAACUUGCCGCUUCUUUCCAACAGCUCAAGGACGAAAACUGGAUCGACGAGGUUUUGAGUCGACGGCCUAUUUUUCCUAUUUCGUUGUUUCAGAACACGCGGGCCGUGAUUGUUGAGUUUUCGGUGUACAACGCUCAAGUUAACUACUUUGCGGUAGUUCAACUUUUGAUAGAAAGACCGUCUGAAGGCUUCAUCUACCCCACCGGCUGGAUUGAAACAGUCAGACUGAUCAAGUCCGAAGGCUCUAGUGGUAACAUCGUUGUCACUUUUGAGGUGAAUCUGUAGGUCGCCAGCAUCACGAAAAAGCUUUCUCAGUUUUUGUACGUCGUUUUCGCAUUGUUCACUUUCAUCAAAGAGGUUUUGUUCUUCGUCUACAGUCGGUACAAGGUUCUGUCGACUGCAUCAAAAAAGAAGAGCGUCCUGGGAUUCCUCGAAAACUUGAUCAUCACGUAGGCGACACGACUCUGUCGCAGAAUAUUGAAAUUUUUCAGCAACUGUUCGCCGUGGCAAGUGAUGGACCUGCUCAUCGGAAUUUUGGCGCUCACCUCAGUAAUCGCCUAUUGGCUUCGACAAAUAUACACCAACGAAGCCGUCGAAAUGUUCCUGGCCACCAACGGCAAUUCCUACAUCAAUCUGUCGAAGCAACGCGACACCGAACUCACCUUCAACUAUUGCCUCGCCGGUGUCGUUUUCUUUGUCUCGUGCAAAAUGAUCCGGAUCCUCAGGUAUGUUGAAAAAUAAACAUUCCAGUAUAGUCGUUUUGAAAUUCGUAUGUCAAGUAACUAGCUCAUUUCGAGCACUUCAAAAAUAAAAUGUUCAUUCUCCUUUACCAAACAGAGCUGAAGCUGUUUCUUCUUCUUUUUUUUCCUCAAAACGUUGUUUUAUUGGUCAGAGAAACUGAAGGAUCAAAAAGGUAUUGAAUAUAGAAAAAAACAAGAGCGGCGCUAUGAUUUCCUUUCAAUUUCUUUUUAUUUUCUGCUCUUUUUGACCUAACAGCUAGAAAAAGCCCCAAAAAAUGAAAGGGCUAUCAAAUUAUCAUUUCAAUCUAACGCAUAGACAUAGCUGCCUUUUCCGAGUGAACUAAACAUGAAUUUACUAUGCGGGUGCUGCAUUUUCUCUUUUCUUCUUCCUACCAUAAAAAGUCCAGAUUCAACCGGCGCAUUGGAGUUCUGGCGGACACGCUGGACAACGCUUGUAGCGAUAUGCUCUCGUUCGGCGUUGCUUUCGUCGUAAUCUGUGUUUCCUUCAACUGCACCUUGUAUCACUUGCUCUGGGAUAAGCUUGAUGGGUUCGAAUAAAAGUAUAAUUGAAAUUACAAUAGAACCUAUUCAGCUACAAAUCGGUAGUGACAACGUUUGAAACGACGCUGGCUGGCAUGUUGGGAAAGUUUGUCAUCGCCGACUUGUUCACAAUUUCAAAACUUGGUAGUUCCACCUGGAUAUCUAUCUGAUUUGCGAGUUUCUGCGCAGGAUCGGUUGUCUUUGUCAUUUUCAUGUUUGGGGCGACGACCAUCCUUCUCAAUAUUUACGUCAUGAUCAUCAUGUACGAGUUCGAGCAAGUUCGAAACGACAGCGCCCGACAGUCCAACGAUUAUGAGAUAAUCGAGCAUAUACAUUCAAAGGCUCAGAUAUACAACUCGCGUAACUCAACUUGAGAAUAUUUCUUCAGAUAAUACGGAAAAUCGGCAUGAACGAAGCCAAGGACAACCCGCCAAAGUUCAUACCAGACUCAAUGAAGGACUUCAGGAACAUCAACAAGCUUCUUGCCAAAGUCAGUGAUUCAUUGUUUCUCUCGACAUUUACCUCUUCAGAUGAACAUGCUUCAUCACCGUGUCAUGACGAUGCGCGACCUCGCCGACUUGAACAUAGGUCUUCUGGACAAGAAGACCUUCGAUUCCGAUUAUGACAUUCUUCGAGCGUUCCAUUCAUAG